UUUUGGACCGCUAUAUAAAACCAUGCUUCCACUCAACAACGCACUGCACAACACAAAUUAACAAACGCAACAAUUCUCAUUUCCCAUUAUACCCUUCCAAAAUAUCUCAAUUCUCAUGCCUCUCACCGGUGCCACUCUCCGGCCUCCGAUCACGGUGUCGGCGGUGGAUUUCCGGCGACCGGCGAGGCACUACGAGGUGCUCCGCAUCAAGCACAACGCAUCGUCGGUGGAAAUAAAGGCGGCGUACCGGAACCUGGCGAAGGUGUACCACCCUGAUUCGGCGGUGCGGCGGUCGGAAUCCGACGAACGGGAUUUCAUUGAAAUUCACGAAGCUUACGAAACGCUAUCGGAUCCGUCGGCGAGAGCGGUCUAUGAUUUGUCGUUGAUGGCCGCGCACGGUGGCGGUGGGUCGUUAUCUUCUUCGGUGGGUCCGAAUGGCUCUUCCGGGUUGAACCGGACCCGGAAGUGGGAAACCGACCAAUGCUGGUAGAAAAAAAAUAUAAUAAAAAAAAGAGUUUGUCACCGAAAAAAUGAAAAAGUUCCUGUAAAAUAUGUAAAUUAUUUUGUCAGUUUAAUAUUUUCGUUUCGGAGAUUUUGCUACCUCUCAUGGAACAUUUCUUCUGCAAUAAUAAAUCUAUUGUGUAUAUUAUUUAAUAUUUUAUAAUAACAAUCUUGAAAGUUAAAAAAAAAAAAAAAAAAAA